AUGAAAGUGGGCGAGACAGGAUACCUGAAACUGGCUGAUGCUAAGCUCGAUCCUGAAUGGCGGCAAGGAGUCGUCGUCGAUCGCUCUACGGAUGGAGCGUUGAAGAUUGCAGUCCGAAUCACUGCGGACGAGCAGCAUCACUGUGCUGCUUACUUCGGUUUCGAUGCAGGCAAGCGCCAUUUCAUAUUAGUAGCAGGCGGUGCUCGACAACUUGUUUCGGCAUGUCCCGAGCACCAUCUGGCCUUAGAGAUGAAGGCUUCAAAGCUGGUAGAGCAGGCAAGUUCUUUCCUCCAGAGUUGCCCGGCAGACACCAGCGAAGAGCAGGUGUUUGCGACCGCGUCGGAAGACUUAGACAACCCCAAGCCUACAGCGACCCGUGCUUCGGUCAGAACGCAGCAGAGGCCUGCACUCGACUUCGAGGACGGAGAGGACGACGAGUCUUCAAGUGCAGACUCGGGGUCGGGCGAGGAAGACCCUGUGAAAGUGUUGCUUCGGGCUCAAAAGAAGCUUCGCGAUUCUACUACAGACAGAGGACGAGGAAUCGCUGCUGCAACACUGGACAAGGGCACGAAGGGACGAAGCCGGUACCCGCUGCUGUCGACAGGGAGCAGCCGCAAGAAAGACGAGGACCACCAGGACUUGAAGACUGCGUUGCAGCAGGCUGCAAGUUCCACGGCAGUCGGUUCGGCAGACGACCCCCUCAAGACCCUUCUUACCCUCAAGGUGCUGGAGACUCUCAAGCCGAAGAAGAAGACUCGCAGGAGGAACCCGUCAAGCUCCGCUUCAAGUCUGAGCUCAAGUUCGGGAGGUCGGGACAGCCGCUCUGCAAAGGACAGGGGCGCCGCCAAGGCCCUCCGCCAGUACCACGAGUCGAAGCGUCGCAUGUUCAAGCGCCCUCUCAAACAUGUUCGACGCUACCUGAAGGAGGUGGAAGAGCAGCUGGGCGGCGGAGACGACAUCCCCUACCGCCUGGUAGAUUACACUCGCAAGAUCUAUUGGGGGAAACAGCGAACUCUCCAGAGGGUGCACGUCCUUCUUCACGAGAUCCUGCGCCUGAUGUUGCAGAAUCGCUUCGAGGAGGCUGCCCUGCAGACGGUUCUCAGUCUCCGAGCAGUGCACCAGUGCAGUCUCGACAACGGAAGGUGGGACCUCGCCUGGUUGCUCACUCACGUGGAAGACCCGUUUCAGAGGAGACGCUGGGGUGGAGAAACUCAGGAAGUCGAGGUCGUCGCCGCUUACGUCAAGGCUCUCGAAGACUUGGAAAAGAAGACUCGGCAGACGCGCUUCUUCGACGGCGUGCAGCAAGAGGAGGAGGAGCAGCCCGACGACAAGACGAGCAAGGGGAAGCCAAAGGGAGGAAAGGGCGGGCAGAAAGGUUCUGGCGAGAGUAUCGAUCUGUUAGCUCAAGAAUCCGGGCAGGUUCAUCCGUCCCACAGGAACGUGUUUGGCCGUGAGUUUGACGGCGCGCUCUUUCCAGACAUGGGGCUGACACCUGGGGUUAAGUAUGUGGAAGUGCACCGUCAGAUCUUGGCCGACGCACAGUGCAUGAGCCGUGAGAACACUUUGGAGUUCGGAAAGAUCAUCCCAGAACAGGACUUAGAGAAAACAACUUCGACCAGGUCCUUUUGA